AUAUAUUUAACACAAAUGGAUCCCCAAAUUAUUGCCAAAAGACUGGCCUUGAAUCAUUUAGAGAUUCUUGCUAGAUACCAGAGUAUCCUGACACCGUCAGCACUACUGGUGUUAAAGAAUCAGGAAAGCUAUUGCUUUGACAACUGCUCCAAACAACAGUUUAUUUCAAUCAGAGAUAAGCCGAAGCCUCAAACAGGGAAUAAUGAACUUGGUCAAAGAGAUAAGGAGACUAAUGAUAAAUCCUCUGUUGGAGGAAUACAUUAUAAAAACUACAAGGAGCUCAAAGAAAUCGUCACAAAGCGAGAGUCUGAAGUCUCAAAAACAGAGCUCUAUGAAAAUCUUCUCAAACCAUUUCAGCACGAGAAGAGGACUCAAGCUCUUCCUGUUAGUGGUAAACCCAUUACUAUCUACAUAUGCAAGUACGAGGGCUGCAACAAAGAGUACACAAAGAUCUGGAAUCUGGUUGACCAUGCAAGAAUGCAUGAAGGCAUCAGACCUUACGAGUGCAGCUUCUGUUCAAGAGCAUUCACUCAGAAAGUAAAUUUAAAGAAGCACCUGAAGCAACACGAGCACAAGAACAUCGAAGAGAGGAGAAAGUUUCAGUGAAACAUUUGCAACAAGAGGUACACCGAGAGGUACAACUUAAUCGCUCACAUGAAAACUCAUGAGCAGAAUAGAAUACCACCAAAAUCCAAAGCCACAGUUGCUAAAUCAAAGAGGAAGAAGGAGUAGCUAUUUUAUUAAAAUUUCAAAGAAACCCCUUUCUCUAUUUUAGGGUCUACGUUAUUUGGAU